CUCUUGACGAAGUAGCUAGAAUCCAUCUUCCUCAGGUCUUAUCCUUCCCAAGCUUUCCCGAGCUUCUUCGUUGAUUCUCCGCUUGGGUAUAAGACUUUCUGAGAUCCCGAUUCUUCGAUAUCAGCUUCAUCAAUUUUUUAAUCAGAUCAAUCUUAUCAGAUCGCCCACCAUGGCCAAAGACGUCUUUGGUGUCCAAGUCUUCUUCAUUGUCUUCCGAGAAGUCCUCGAAGCAGUCAUCGUUAUCUCGGUGUUGUUCUCCUUCUUGAAGCAAGCCUUGGGCCAACCUUCUCAGGACCAGGUUAUAUACAAAAGGCUCAAAAGACAAGUAUGGUGGGGGUCCAUGGCCGGCAUCGGUGUAGCCCUCAUCAUCGGCGGCGCCUUCAUUGGCGUCUUCUAUGGUCUCGGCCAUGAUAUAUGGUCCAAUACUGAGGAUCUCUGGGAAGGCAUCUUCUAUCUCGUUGCCUGCAUCAUCAUCACCAUCAUGGGGCUGGCCAUCCUGCGCAUCAACAAGACAAAAGAAAAAUGGAGGGUCAAGAUUGCACAUGCCCUCAUCUCGAAGACCAAACACAAGGAUGCCGCCUCCAGAUUCAGUGAAUGGAGCAGAAGAUACGCUAUGUUCAUUCUCCCAUUCAUCACCACUCUUCGAGAAGCUCUUGAGGCUGUCGUCUUUGUUGGUGGUGUCUCCCUCAGUCUGCCAGCCACUGCUUUCCCACUCCCCGUCGUCACGGGUAUUCUAGCCGGUCUCCUCGUCGGCUACCUCAUCUACAGCGGAGGCAAUCAUAUGACCAUCCAAUACUUCUUGAUCGCCUCGACCUGUAUCCUCUACCUCAUCGCAGCUGGAAUGUUCUCAAAGGCCGUCUGGAGCUUGCAAUUCCACAGUUUUGCACAGAAAGUAGGCUCUGAUGUCGCCGAGGCUGGUGAUGGCCCUGGGUCAUACGACAUCAAAACGACUGUCUGGCACGUCAACUGCUGCAAUCCUGAAACCGACAAUGGUUGGGACGUCUUCAACGCAAUCCUUGGUUGGCAAAACACUGCCACAUAUGGUUCGGUCAUUUCGUACAAUGUCUACUGGAUCUUCAUUAUGAUAGCCAUCUCCUGCAUGCUGUACGAAGAACGCACAGGUGCUCUUCCUCUUCAAAAACCUUUCUUGAGAUUCCUGUCAAAGGUUCCGGGCUUCAGACGCUAUGCCUCUCGGAAACUCGCCCCCAAGCAGACUAGCGGGCAUGUCGUUGAUCAGGUUGAUCCAAGUGUCUUCACCCACGGGCUCCAGGGUCCUGUAACUCCAAAAUAGAUAGCCUCAAGUGGAAGCCGCUGCUUGAUAUUGCAUGCAUAGAGGUUAGGAGUCAUUGGGUUGCAAGAAAAGGUCAAAGCAACUCGAGAAAAAAGACACAGCAUUUGCAAAUCAGUCUGUUAGCAUCCCAACCU